AUGCUAGCUAAAACUGAUCGCGUAAGGGCCGAGAAGGUCUCCUACUUAUUCAGGAAGCCAGAGGUUUCAGAUAUAGUAAUCUUCAAGGCUCCUCCAAUUUUAGUGGAACAUGGUUACAGCUUGAAUGAUGUUUUCAUAAAGAGGAUAGUUGCAAGUGAAGGUGACUGGGUUGAAGUUCGUGAUGGGAAGCUCUUUGUGAAUGAAAAUGUGCAAGAAGAAGAGUUUGUCUUGGAGCCAAUGUCAUAUGGAAUGGAACCAAUGUCUGUUCCCAAAGGUUAUGUCUUUGUACUCGGAGACAAUCGCAACAAGAGCUUUGAUUCUCGUAACUGGGGUCCUCUCCCAAUAGAGAACAUUGUUGGAAGAUCGUUCCGGUAUUGGCCACCGAGCAAAGUAUCAGACACCAUAUACCAUCAUGACCAAGCUGUUGUGACAAAGGGACAGGUUACUGUUUCAUGAUAAAGAAUGAAACUUUUGUUUGUAUAUUUACAGUCUUGUAAACAUGUCUUGUUUAUUAUAAAAAAAACUACAGUAUUAUAUUAAAAUCUAAUUAGAGGACCCAUUAUUUGAGACAUUGUUAUAUGUUAAGGACAGAGCGGAAGAAAGUGUUAGAACCAAAAAAAAAAAAAAAAUCUCUGGGACAUUGUUAUAUGUUAGAAGAAAAUG